GUUGCUCUCUAUAUUUCUGCCCACCUUUGUCGUCGCCCACCCCCCUUUCUUAAUUACCAUCUUCCCCUCCUCUUCUUUGCCUCUACUACUUUGCCCCAUUCAUUAUAGCUCAUUUGGGUGCCACGCAUAGUCUUCAUCCAGUGAACGGAAGGCCCUCCGUCCAUAUGGCCUCGUUCUGGCAUCGGUCGUCUGUCAAUCGUCAGUUCUCUUUCUCGUGAAGACCAGAAGCUCAACAACCGCCCGUCUCCAGCUGGAAAGGUUCCGCUCAUUGCCUGCAUUCAUAGAAAAAAGUGAUAUGGGCCAGCGGCCUUGGACUUUGCCAGGGUUUCCUUGAAAGACCUAAGCGGUGUGACACGGAGCUGGAAAGCAAGCUAAAUUGAGCCGUGUCGAUCUCAUGUCUGCGAUCGUUGUGAUGCUCUUGCCUAUUUUUUUCACGUCGGAUUAUCGUACAACGAAACCGCAUGAGUCCAAGUGACUUGGACUCGAAAAAGACGGGAGCACCGAGAUAGCAUAUUCAAACAUCCGACUGCCAUAAUAUCAUUUUAAACGGUUGUCAAUCAUUCAUACUCAUCUAGUCAACGGAGUGCAAUGUCGGUGAACCGGCCCUCUCGCGCCACGGACGAUGAUAUAAGAACUACCAAACUUCCCAGUGAACUGGCAUAUACAUCGGAACAGUAUCCGAUCGAUCAGCGACUGAAACGUCUCAAGGAAGACGUUCUUCCUCUUUAUCCUUUUCUCCUAACUGUGCCUACCGAUGUGCCUUUCCGCCUUGGGAGUCGCUUCGUCAAUAAUUGGGCUGUGGGUAAUGACGGUCCAUUUGCACCAGAAGAGCAUCAACUUCAGUAUAUGACCUUCUUAACACAUCACGAAGGGGACUCGUUACUGGUGGCUGUUGGUGAUUGGUCAGACGGGACUGGAAACGUCAUGUCCGACCAGCAAUCUGGACUCCAGGGUGCAGCAGGCACUCCAUUGAGCGGGCCAGUCAAGAAAAAGAUUAGUUUGAACGACUAUAGAAACAAAAGAAAGACAGGCGCUUCAGCCUCGCCCGUUGGCCAGGAAGCUUCUAGCCACCAUCUCUCAAUGGACUAUGUAAUUGAUGACAGCCAAAGAGCUCCCAAAGUCGGCCCUGCUGGAAGCAAUUUGCAGAAGUCCUCUGAUAAAAUUACGGCUUCACGUAUUUCUAUUCGAGCUGGUUCUGAAGCCCUGGAACGCAAGCGGCCCGCUGAAUCUGAAGCGGAGAACUCCAGGCUGCAGGAAAGGAAGGGUGUCGAAAUUGGAGUCUUAAAGAAACCGAAACUCUCCGCCGAAGCAGCAGAAGCAGAGUUCAAUAAGCCUGGGCGCUCAAAAGCUAAUGGCCUCCCAACUCUCUUGUCACCUACCCUUCCGCCAACUUCAAGCAGCCCUAAACUUCCCAGGCUCUUAUCACCCACCCUCCCUCCAAACAUAGAGAAAGAGCUCGCUAGACUUGGUGAGGAGACGCUUGUCUCAGAUCCUACGCGGACGAAAAACGCUCCCAAUGGUGAUGCGUUGAAAGGCAAGACUCAGAAAGCAAAGUCCUCUGAUAUCGGCACAUCCAGCAUAGAUUCGAUCUCUGUGGUUGGCCGUCAGAGUUUGCGAAGCAAACACCCAAAUUCAGUCGCUGAUAAGCGUCCAUCUACUACUCAAGGCUCUGUGGCUUCUUCCUUCUGCGAAACUCCUACCUCCAACUUACGGUAUCAAAUAGAUGACAAGCCCAACAGCCAUGAGAAAUCAGCGAAACCGCAAUUGCUGAUGAAACUCAAGUAUGGCAGAGCAAAUAGAAAGCGUGUUGAAGCUCUCCUUAAAUUUUCAGGGAAAAGGAAAAUGGCGCCUCCAGGCUCACCUGCAAAGAAUAUAGCUGACCCCGAUUCCACCCUGAUUAAGAGGUCCAACGAAACUAUUACAAAGACUACGGCCUCGGACAACUCCAACUCUAGAAUAUACCGGCCUGAGGGGAAAGCAAGGCAUGUUCCGAGCAUCCAAACACCUAGGAAUGCGGGCUCUGAAAAACCUCGAACCCCAGUGUCUUCUACCCUUAGUGCGAUAACACACAACCAGGAGAAAACAAAACAAGCCUCUGUUACGCCUGUUAAAGAUCCCAAAGACUUAACUUAUCGUUCGGAGAAUGUUGAUAACGAUGGUAGAACGCUCUCUCAGCCGACAAUCAGAUAUCAACCAGGCGAUGCGGCCACUGGUGUAAAACAAUCACUGUCACAAGUGAACCUUCAGUCAAACGCGUCACGCAAUGGUGAGCGCCGAGCUUGGAAGGAUGAAUAUCAAAAGUACGGGAAUUUAGGGCGGGAAUUAAAACAUGCCGCGGAACGACAUACCACCAGAGAUUUCGUGACUGAUGUUGAUGAGAAGCUUGCGGCUGCUACUGCUAUUGAAGCUAUUCUCUGUUUUAUUCUAGCCUUUGUUGCUGACGAUCAAUCCAAAACUUUGUCUCGUCAGAUUAGCGACUCAUCGUCUUGGCUAUCUAUACUCGCUUAUUGGCGUGUGGUAAAAAAAAAUAGCGCCCCCUUUCCACAGCUUCAUAGCCUUUGUUUGAUUCUUGGUGCUACAUCCUAUGAUGCUAUCCAUGCGCUUGAUCUGGAGCGGUUUGCGGUCACUCCUCUGCCAGGGGAAAACACCCCUGUGCCGACACCCGGUAGUGAUGGAAAUACUGUUGUAUCCGAUGAAAGCAAAAAGAACCGAAGGGAAAUACUAGAGCUAAAGAGUCGACUGCCUGAAUGCUACAAAGAGUCCCAGAGGCUAUGGCUUGAAGGCUCACAGGGACUUUCAGAAGACGUUCUUGUUCAUGAAUUUCCUGAUACUUGGUCCAGGCGGUCUAGGAACUUUUCAGAACAAGGGAAGCAACGGCUCAAGCCUGGUGACUAUUCUGGUGAGUUUUUCCUGCCUUUAGGAAGAAUGACCACACCAGUAGAAACUGUCCGAUUUGGUUACUCAAUACUAAGAGAGUGGUGCAAAAAGGAAGGUGUGGAAUGGAAUGGCCGGCUUUGUUUAUAAAUCUCCACCUUCUCAUCGCACAAUCGUUUUCUGCACAUUUCGAAUUUUCAUCAUUAUCUGUUAGUUGUCCUGUUUCUUCCAGCGGUUUGCGUUGGCGUCAUUGGAUUUGGAGAGGAAGUCGCGUACAAAAGUCUACUUCUACCUGUUAUUAUAGCAUGAUACCAUGGGUUAUAUCCCUUUGUCAUAGAGGCCAUAUAUAGUUUUGUCUGGUUCUUACGGAUAUGGUUCUGCAGUCCAUAAAGUAGUGUUGAUUCUAUCGGUCAUGAUCUUUUUUU